UGUAACGCCGGUUCUCGACUCUUGAAUUUCGUUGCUGUAUCUGGCGAUAUACACAUCAUUCAUAAGGGGGUUGUUCUCUAGAGACGGACAAGUUCUGACUUUGAUCAACGGUAGUACAGUGGUGGGGCAGCAGAUUGAGGACAGCAUGUGACACGACGUCUGAUUAAACCACGUGCGAUAGCGAGAAAAAAAAAGUAAAAAAAGCAAAUGCCUAGGUCGAAAAAUAAUCGAUAUUUUGCCUUGUAUGUAUAUACUGGAAAUCAGGUCAAGUGAAACAGUGUCUGAGACUGUAUGGGAGAGUUAAUUAUAUUUUCGCAUUUCUGGAUAUGCGAUUCGGGCAUUAUUAAAUGCGAAAGAAAAUAAGAAGCAAGUUCUCCACAACUAGAGCUUUAAUGAGGGUGGUGAAGGACAUAGUCGGGGGCCUGGAAAGGGGAGAGCACUUAAUGAUUUCACAGUGCGACCUCUUAUGUGUUUCUCAUCAGAUUCUCUUGAGCAAGAUAGACAACAGUUUGUGAGCGUAAAGAACAAUAAGCCUGAUUUGACUUGCUUUAAAUUUGGAGUACCCCAGGGCUCCGUUCUGGGACCCCUACUUUUUAUUAUAUACAUAAAUGAUAUUUACCAGUACAUGAUGCCUGAUACUGAAAUUGUGCUGUUUGCUGACGACACAACGUUUAUGAAUUCAAACAGGAACAUCACUACCCUGAGUAAUAUUGAAACAUAUACUUCAUCUAAGGCCAAAGCAUGGUUUUCAGCAAACAAUCUACAACUUAAUGAAGCUAAAAUGAAAAAUUUAUUAGUGUCUAGUAGCAGUAGGUUGACAUGUGGGGAUGCAAGAUUCUGGGCGUUACCUUGGAUGACACUCUGAAUUCGUCAGAACACAUUGGCGAGCUAAGUAAAAAUCUUUCAAAUAUUCGUUUUCUUGAUGUAUUGAUGUAUUGAAGUCAACUUACUUUGGUUUAUUUCACUCGCGUAUAAACUAUGCCACCAUACUGUGGGGUAACUCCUCUUAUGCCAUUAAAAUAUUUAGGAUGCAAAAAAAAAAUUAUCGAACACUGUAAGCCAUUGUAUAUUAAACAUAAAAUAAUGACGGUUCCGUGUAUAUUUAUAUUUCAAAGUGUUCUUGAGAUACACUCCAAGACCGAUAGUUUGCCGAGGGGUUCUGAUUCUCAUAGGUAUGACACUCGGAGUGCAAAUAAACUCGUGCUUCCGAGAUAAAGGUUGCAGAAAUCAAAACAAAACUCUCCUUAUAUAAAGCUUUCUAAUGGAUUGCCAAAAUCUUUUAAAUGAACGAAAAACAUUUUAAAUAUAAAAUUAAAAGUUUUCUUUUAAGGGUUAUUAUAGCGUGCGUUGGUAAAUUUUUUGAAGAAAACAUCGGUAAUGACGUGUUGCGGGGAGUUGUGCACCCUGUACAAUAUCUAAAACUAACCAAAACUAUUCACGAUAAGGUUAUAUUUUGUUUGGAUAUGACGAGCUUCCCAGUUUGAAUAGGGCUUGUUGGGAGCCUACAGGCUAUCCCAAAUUUUGAACUAGUUAGUGAAUAUUUAGGAUAUUUAUUCUUUGAUAUUUACUUAGAUGACGGCCGAGGGCGGAGCGUGGUCAUUUCCAAUUGUACUUUGAGGUCCAAUGAGUGAUACAGAUUCAAAUCUGAACUCUCUACCAUAACCGAUAGUAAGCUCGAUCUAUAGACAACCGAGAACAGAUACACAAAAAGAUCGAUAUCUCCAGUUUAGCGGAAAAUCCAGAAAUAAAAUUUUAUCAGCAUAUACGUUUAAUGAAACAGAUACUACUUUAAAGAUUGCAGCAAUGUCAAAAGUAAUAAGAGACUAUUUUUCAAUUUUGUUUUUCAAUUUGUUAUAAACAUAAGAUUUUUUUAAAACUAGAGUUGAAGAAUGCGUUUUUCAUUCAUCUUUUAUGGAGGAUGUGGUUUGUUUAUUACGUUAGGACGUCAUUUUAGCAUGUUUUCGCCUGUUUUUUCAAUUUAUUUGCUAUAUUAUCUUUAAGCGGAAUUCUUCAGGUAAUUCUGUGAAAUCAGUUCAUGAAUAAUCAGAAAUCGGUAAAUAUUCGGAAAGCUAUGAGACAUCCUGUUGUUUACCUGAAUUUAUCAAAACGACUUUAUACCCGCUUUAUUGCUACGGAAAAUAUGGACCAAACAUAUCGUUCCAAAUGGAUUAUCUCGGUCGACCUACGCUCGUCUGCUUACACCGUAUUAUAAUUCGAAAUGAAUCUCAUAAACAUGGACGCGGAAAACCGCGUGGUAUUGAACGUGGGCGGUAUCAGGCACGAAACGUACAAAGCCACCCUGAAGAAGAUCCCGGCAACGAGGUUGUCCCGUCUCACCGAGGCCUUAGCGAACUACGACCCGAUCCUCAACGAGUAUUUUUUUGAUAGACACCCGGGCGUAUUUGCGCAAGUUCUUAAUUAUUACAGGACAGGAAAACUGCAUUAUCCUUCAGAUGUGUGCGGACCUCUAUUUGAAGAGGAACUUGAAUUUUGGGGCCUUGACGCGAACCAGGUGGAACCUUGUUGCUGGAUGACGUAUACGCAGCACAGGGAUACCCAGGAAACAUUAGCUGUAUUAGAUAGGUUAGAUUUAGAUACGGAUAAACCAAGCGACGAAGAAAUAGCUAGAAAGUUCGGAUUCGAAGAUGAUUAUUUUAAAGGAACACUGUCGUGGUGGCAGCUCAUGAAACCAAAGCUGUGGUCACUGUUCGACGAACCGUAUUCGUCAACCGCCGCGAAAGUUAUAGGUGUACUAUCGGUUUUCUUCAUAUGCGUUUCUAUACUGUCAUUCUGUUUAAAAACGCAUCCGGACAUGAAAGUACCCGUCAUUAAAGGAAUUAUCGUCCGCACUGCAUCGAACGGCACUUCUUUCACACUGGACAAAGAAGAUACGGAUGCUCAUGUGGCCUUCUUCUACAUCGAAUGCAUCUGUAAUGCCUGGUUCACGUUCGAGAUUCUUAUUAGAUUCAUAGCGAGUCCGCACAAGUGUGACUUCAUCCGAUCUUCGGUCAACAUCAUCGAUUAUAUAGCAACGGCCAGUUUUUACAUCGACCUGAUGCUCCGCAAGUUCGCGUCGCAUCUCGAAAACGCAGAUAUUAUGGAGUUCUUCUCGAUAAUCCGUAUAAUGAGGCUGUUCAAACUCACUAGGCACUCGUCCGGACUGAAAAUCCUCAUUCAGACGUUCAGGGCGUCGGCAAAAGAACUCACCCUGCUCGUGUUUUUUUUGGUGCUCGGUAUAGUUAUCUUCGCGAGUUUGGUGUACUACGCGGAACGAAUUCAAACGAACCCGGACAACGAUUUCAAAAGUAUACCAUUGGGGUUGUGGUGGGCGCUGGUGACAAUGACCACGGUAGGGUACGGGGACAUGGUGCCGAAGACUUAUAUAGGGAUGUUCGUAGGUGCGCUGUGCGCACUGGCUGGUGUGUUGACGAUUGCGCUACCCGUUCCCGUAAUAGUGUCCAAUUUUGCCAUGUAUUAUAGUCACACUCAGGCCCGGGCGAAACUACCAAAGAAACGGCGACGGGUCUUGCCAGUUGAACCAACGCGAGGUCCCAGGAUACCAGGUCCUACAAAUCCGGGGGCUGCCUCGGGAGUACCGAUCACAGCUCCGGCGGCAGCCCAGAACCGAAGAACGAAUGCGAUCAAAACAAACCAUCCGAAGGACAGUUUGCUUGGCGGUCCAGUUCCAAAACUUGGAUUGAUAGGGGUGACUUCAUCCCUAAACCCAAACGGGGUUGGUCUCGAAUCAAAUCAAGCGUUUUUGAUGGCCAAGCCAAAAUUUGACAGCAGCCCGUCUCCGACUCAACCGACCCAAGUCAAACUGUCACCGGACUCGGGACAGUGCUACACUACGCUGAAGGCACCAAACUGAACAAAUUUCGAGACCAAUUGCUGGAUGUGUAAUUUAGGCUGUCUACACAAUAUCGGUCUUCGAUUGUUAAACUUGAAAAUGUUUACUAACAUACCUUUAUUUUAAAGGAUAUUUAAAAAUUACUCUCUUUUUUAAGUUAUUGCUCGAAAGGUGUAAAUUGCAAAAUUAGUCACGAAUUAUAAGGGAUGUAGUUUCAAGGAAACGUUGCUCUUCUCUGAUCAUACCAAAUCUCUCCUUGAGUUAUUGUUUCUAUCAUUGCUAUCUCAAUAUUAAUUAGAGUAGCACGAUAUUUGACAUCAGUCCGAACAAUUUUCUUAAAAAUUUCAGUGCAUUGAUAGUUCUAAAAACUUAGCAUCGACAUUUAUCAAUUUGAGUGAUUUUUUUUGAACUCUAAUCACAGGCGAUGUUUGAUAUAAACAAGUUCACAAAUACUCAUAUGAAUUUUUAAUAAUGUAUUGCACUCUUGUAUUCUUUUUGAUAUUCAUAUGUCUGCCUGCCUGAAGAAUUUAUCAACGUUUGUUGACAGUUAUAACUCUAUCAUCAAUAUAACGCAACUGGUAAUAUCCAACAUUUGUGGACCUUAAACUGAUUUGGUUGUUUAUUUGUACUUAACUGAGAGCUAUAUAAGUUCCAUUUUUCUUCGCUCGUUAUGGAAAAUUAUGUAAGAGCAAUAAAUACACCUAGGUUAAUCUUGUUCCAAUCUAUAAAUCUGCUGGAAUUUCCCCGUCACUUACAUGAAAGAAAUGUUGUUAUUUGUAGAAUAUAAUUUUGGUUUAAAAAUGAUUUAAAUCUUAUCAAAUGGAAACCAACCAAGAGUUCAUGACUAUUAAACCCGAUAACUCAAACACUUGGGACCAUAUACCUGUACGAAACACGAACUAAUUUCCUAGUUUAACAAUCUAUGACCUGUGAAUGCAAGCGGAUUAAACGAAUCGCCAUAUCUAAAGUGCUUCGCACAUUUUGCUGGAGCACUAACACUGACCAAGUUGACCAAAGAUGUUAAAAUCACAGGGUAGCUAUAAGUGCAAUCCGAGGUUGAAUCCAAAUGAAGAUAUAAAUAAAUAAGAUAUAAUUCAGAUUUUUCCAAGUUGCAACUGAGGAGUGAAGUGGUAAAUGUUUUAGUUCUUCGUAGAUCUGAAAUAGUUGUUAGAGCUUUCUGUACAGAAAAUUGUUAAGGUUUAACCGGUAAUAUAUUUUGUAUCGUUUUUGUUACGGCUGUUAUUACAGACAACUGUUAUGAAACCAGUUUGUUAACUCUGGUAUUUAGGUUAAGCUCAUCAGAAUGUAGACCCUAUGCAAAACGGAUCAGUAUCGAUAUUAUUAGAAUCAUGCAAAUCUAUUCGGAAGCGGCUUGUAUACAAAUUAUUGUAAAUACGCCCUUAGGCAAUCGGUGUUACAAACAUUUCGCUUAUCACUCAAAUGUAAAUAUAUUAUAAAAUAUUUAUAUUUAUUGUCGCUAAAUUUUCUUCCAUAAGUUUUGUAUUAUUAUCUUACGCAUACACUAGAGAAUAUUUGAAUCUGUUGAUUCAGCAAAUUUAUGAACCAACUUUUAUAAAAUAAAAAGUUAUUAGAAGUUUGAAUUAUUGUAAGUAAAAAGCAUUGAAUAAAAACGGAAAUGCUUCGCAAUAAUAAACCCACUUUCAAAUGUUAUUUAAAUUCAUUCAACAUUCAAAUCGCUCAACCUAAGAAAUUCAGUGUGUUUUUAAAGCAAUAAAGUUUAAUAAUUUUUCCAGUAUUUAUUCAUAUGUAAUAAUGUUUACACAUUUAUAUAUUUUUGGAAUAUUAACGGUCAAUGUUAAAGAGAAUACAGAUUUUUAAGAUUAUAUCGUAAUUUCAGAAUCAUGCAUAACAUAUCCAUUUUCAUAUUUCAAUUGUGACUAAAAUUAAAAUUGCAAUGGCAAUGACUUUUCAGUUUUCUACAGUAUCCAAUUUUGAAAUUUACGAGCAAAAAUGAAUCCCGACUAUAGUUUUUAAAGACUACCCAUUUUGAGGUUGCAAAAAUGUAGGUUGUCAAGUGUGGGACAUUUCGAAACAAAGUAAAAUUUAAAUGUAUUCAGCAUGGAUUUUUGGGAACAGUUUGUACGAUUGAGCGAUGUUAACUAAAGGUUUGAGUUAUGAGCAUAUAGGAAAUAAAAUUGCCUUUUAUAAGCAGGUUUGGACCAACGUCUUGUACUGUAUCGUUACCAAUGCCAUAAGCAUGUGAUAUUAUUUGAAAGUUUUCUAAAAACUAAGGACUCGUAAUUAGUGUUAGAAAAACUUCGAAUGCUUGACAGUCGAAAUAAAUUAAAGUUGCGAACGGAUUUUGCGAUUCUGUAUAUUUGAUAAGCGACAUAUCUUGGAAACAUAUUUAUUAAACUUAAAUAAUUGAUGAAUUCGAUUCGUUUUUAGUGCAAGCUUUAAAGUAAUCUUCUUAUGAUAGAGGAAAAUCCAGAUUGUGUAUUGUAAUUGUUUACGUAAAAUUUCCUCUUUAAUAUAAAAAUAAGUAAUAAGAUAUUUUUAUGUAUACCGUUCUCCUGUUGAUAUUAGAGUUUUCUUAAAGAUUACUGAAAUAC